AUGACCGGGCCCUUCGAGCCGGAAAUGAUCGCUAAUCUCCCGCAAAUGACAAUCCAACAACUAAGUAAACUAGAAGAUUGCAUCAGCGAUGAGUUUGCGCUGCUUGCGCGAGAAUACGUCCAGGCAAGAAAAUCACGGGUGGAGUACAUGCAAAAAAACAUCGAGUCUCAAAUAAGAACGUUUCAGCAAAACGACACUUCGUGGUCCAGUUUUUACAACCAACAAGUUAAGCUCAUAGACACUCUCACGAACCUUACGGAAAAUAACGUCAUUGGAGACAACACCUCCUCGUGUCAUCAGAAAAUAGACGAUACUGUUCUAGAAAUUGAGACUCAGCUCAAACAACUCACCGCCAGUAUCGAACUGCCUCUAGAUUUGGACGUUGUGUUCAAACAUGAACUGGGCGAUUUACCUUUUGCCGAAUACUUCAAAGAAAUCGUAGACCUACACAAAGCUCAGCUAGUGGCGCUGUUGCAUCACAUUCAAUACCAGUCCGACUUAACGGAGAGUAUCACCGAAAAAAACAGAGUGAUUUUUUGGAAACAAUACAAGGCUGAUGUCUUGCAAUACAAAGAAAAGCUCAUCAACCAGACCUGUCAGGAACUUGAAAAUCUACAUAAAGAAUACCAUGGAAUUAGCUCUGAAGCCAAUGAGGCGAACACGAACUCGCAUUACUACAGGUCUGUCGUUCCAGUUGAGAUGUCCAAGGCAGAUGCCCGCUGCAACACACAAUACCUCUUGUCCACAAAAAACCUCGACAAAUAUCAUGGAUUUGAUAACAUAUAUUUCAGAAAUCAUAGAAUUGAAAUCACAGAUACCAAGAAAGCUGUGCAAAGAAGAUUUCAAGAGUUCCUGGAUCAACAAAACCAAUAUAAAAUUGCUCAGCUUGAUUCUGUGGCAGUCAAACUUGCGGGUUGUAUGGGGCUCUCCAAAGAAGAGGCAGAGAAUGAUCUUGCUCUGAUGAGACGGCGCGAUGGAUCAACAAUUGAUGAACAAAUUCACCUAGGUGAAGUAAUGUGCGAUGAUGAUCUGGACUUCUCGUCGUUCAGUCAAGAAGAAACAUAUGACUCUGACGUUGAAGAUUACCACAGCAUAUUGGACAUGAACAGACCUCCUAUAAGGAUUGACGCCACAACUCCUUGA